ACCGAGUUUUGCUAUUAGCUGUAUCUUAAGUUGCAAGCUCUUACAUUAGAAUCCUGAUGUACACAGUGAACAUAGUACACCGUAGAAUACCUAAGUAUAUUUUAUAGAAAGAUGAGCCUUCAAACCUUGGGACUACUGUUAUUUUAAGUGAAAGAGUGCUAAAAUCUCCCAACUGGCUUGAUGAUUAGAUGAAGAUGUUUAAACAUUUGGAAGUACUCGUGAAAGUCUAGAAAGUACUCGUUAUAGUCUAUAGAAAGUAAUCUUUAUAGUCUAGAAAGUACUCGUUCUAGUCUAGAACGUACCCGUUCUAGUCUAGAAAGUACCCGUUCUAGUCUAGAGAAAAACUGAGAAAAAUAAAUAGAGAAAAUGUUUCCAAGGCCAGAAAAAGACACAAAUUCAGUCGAUAGUGUUGCUUCACCUUCAAAUAGUUCUGAAGAUAUUCCGGUGCAUUUUCCUGAAAACUUUUCACUCCAGGGCGAAUCCAUCAACCUUUCACCGAGACGGGAUCAUCUCCCCAACCCUCCAAGUUCGAUAGAUUUCCCCAGUCCAAGUUCGAUAUUUUCCCUCUCUCAAACCAUAAAUACGUUAAAUCUUUUCCCGGAUAAAGUUGAAUCCCCUAGCCCGUCCUCCAGCAUAAGAGAAACUCCCCACCAAGCUCCAAAAAAUGCCGAAGUUUCUCCUCAAGGAAGGAUUGAUGAUAAGGUUUUUCCUCAAGCAAGUAAUGAUGCUACUAUAGUUCCUAGUGAGGAAAUAUAUCCCGGAGAAGAUGAAACAGUACAACUGUCUACUAGUGAGGAGAUGUAUCCCGGAGGAGGUAGAACGGUUCCACUAUCUCCUAGUGAGGAGAUGUAUCCCGGAGGAGAUAGAACGGUUCCACUAUCUCCUAGUGCGGAGAUGUAUCCCGAAGAAGAUAGAACGGUUCCUCUGUCUCCAGCCCCUCAUCAGAUUCUUCUAGCUUCAGCGUUUAUGGAUGAUGCUAGAAAUGGUCAUCAUAUGGAGUUCGAACCUACAGUCUCGGCAGUAAACCUGUACAACUGGUAUAAGAGUUGGUACAUGCAGUGGAUUAUGUACUGUGCCCUGCUGUUGUACCUGGCUCUUGUACUUGUAGAGGAGCCUGCUGUUCCAGGGUUACAUGUACAGUUUUAUAUAUCGAUGGUAGUAGAGGUUCUGUGUUUGGCAUUUUUCUUAUUCAGGCUGGGGCAUGAAUACUGGUUUUCUUCUAAGACACGGUUCUGGCGGGAUGAAAAGCAUAUAGUACUGGUCGUGCUUAUAUUUGCUUCAGUUCUUGACAUCUGCAUCUACUGUGCUUUAGCUGGGUUUAGUAUCACGUCCAUCAGAGUUUCUCGUCCUUUCCGUCCUUUCUUCCUAGUUAAUAUACCAGAAGGUCGUCAGAUGAGACGCGCAUUCAGAAAUAUCAGACGCACGCUUCCAGAGAUAUUUUCCGUGCUUGUCCUUUUUCUUCUUAUUAUCGCAGUUUUUUCGCUCAUGGCUUGCAAGAUUUUUGGACACAGGGGCUGGGCAAAGACUUCUGGAGGACCUUACUUUGAUAACUACCUGGAUUCCUACUGGGAUCUCUACGUCCUAGUAACUACAGCAAAUAAUCCUGAUAUCAUGAUGCCAGCUUACGAUCAGAAUCCAUGGUUAUCCCUGUUCUUUAUUAUCUUUAUCAUCAUCUGCGUUUACAUCUUUAUGUCCAUAUUCCUGGCCGUGGUGUAUAACAAUUACAGAUCCAAUUUGAAGAAUGAGAUACAAGAAGCCUUACGUAGAAAACGAAAAUUAUUAAAAACAGUUUUUGAUCUGAUGAAAAGUAAAGAAAACGGAAAGGAAGUUAUUAGAGAACAAGACUUUGCUAAACUUAUUCAGUUAACUCUGCCCAGGAAGAGCCAACAAUACACUAAGAUGGUUUGGUGUGUCCUGGACGCUGAUAAUAACGGAUAUUUAGACCAAAAGGAGUUUUUAAAUGUAGCUGAUCUUUUGAAUAUCCCUGUCACAGAAGUCCUACCAAAUUUAUUUGAAAGACAUGUUCCCAACAUUUAUCAAUCUUCCUCAUCAACUAUACUCAAAUCAGUGGUCAAACAUAAGUGGUUCAGAUACAUAUUUGAUAGUAUCAUCAUUAUCAACGCCUUCUUCAUCCUCUUCGAUAUGCCCGAUGGAUACGAGUUCGGUUUCCUAACCGUAUUUAUUAUUGAGAUCCUCUUGAAGAUUUACACUUUUGGAUUCUAUAUGUUUAGUCGUAAACUUUGGAACGUGUUUGAUGUAAUCGUGAUCGGAUUAGCAUUCAUAAUUUCAAUCAUUGAAGUUAUUCGGGGAGAUGAAUUUGACAGCAGGCUGAUAUUGGAUAUUAUGCUAGUGCUCAGGGUUCUUAGGAUUGUUAAAAUAUUCCAUAGCCUAGGGCGGUUCAGAACUAUUCUGAACACUAUCAUGCUCAUUCUACCCUCCAUGCUCACAUAUGCCGGGGUGCUCUUUGUAUUUUUCUACUUCUUCGCUGUGAUAGGACUAGAGGCGUUCAAGGGUAGUAUUGAGUUCUAUGGGCCUGAUGACAAUAGCCUUGAGAUAGAUCAAUUGAACUGUGGAAAUAUCAACUUGGAGAACUCUGAGUUUGCCCGACAAAAAUACUGUGGAAACAAUUUCAACAAUAUAUUACGAGCAUUUGUUGUUUUGUUUGAACUGCUGGUGGUUAAUCAAUGGCACGUGAUUGCCAAUGGAUAUGAACUGGCGGUAGGAUCCAGGUUUACAAGAAUAUACUUCAUCUGCUUUCACCUCCUCUCCGUCAUCAUUGUUCUCAAUAUCUUCACCGCCUUUGUUCUCGAGGUGUUCAUACAUGAAUACUCCUUUACCAAGGGUAGGCUGGAAUCAUCCCUUGAAGUAAAGAUCAAUGAGAUGGGACUAGGUUUGGGAAGUCGUCCUAUUCAAAAUACUCGACAUAAACCAGACGAUCAGUCAAGACAGUCUAUAAUCGAAGAUGAUCAACUAGCGAAUGACGAGAUCGAUGCUGAUCAUGAUAAUCUACAGUUUGUGUGUAAUCAGCUGGCAGGUUUGUCCACUAGAUAUACAGAUUACUCUGCUGACACUGCGGUUAGGUUUCAUCUCAACAAAGGAGCCCGUAACGUUCACACUAUGCUGGAGAAACUCUUUAUAAAGGAACUGGAUGAAAAUGAUCUGAACGAUGAGAGAGGGAAUGUUUUUCUAUCCUCCUAACUAACCAAUACAAACUUUUCUAGAUAUAAUUCGAGCUGAAAGGGUUUGUGCACGUAAUUUGAUGUGACCGUCUAUUUAUAGAUUGGCAUAUUGUCUCAGCAAAAAUUAUGUUUUUCUAUUUUUCUAUAAAAAUUACUUCCGGCAUAAUGCCGCAGAAAUAAGUAGGGAAUUAAUUAAUUAAUUAAUUAUAAUAAUUCAAUCAAUAAUAAUAAUUCUGUUACAGUGAUAAAAAUAGAUAAUGAUAAUGAGAUAAUUACGAAAAAACAUUUUAUUUCCCUUUCCCAUCUUUCAGACUCCGUGUUUUACAGAAUAUUUUUUAAAAACCCUGUACAAAAUUUGUCUCUUUAAUACCAAAUAUGUGAUAAUCAAAGUAUAACCUUGAGAUAACCUUGAAAAUUUCUCAAAAUUAUUCAUUUAAUUCAUGUUGCAUAAAAAAUUAUUCUUGAUUUAAAACUUGAAAAUAUAUUUACCACAAUACGUAGAGAAGUCAGUACUUUUGUUGUUGUUA